UGCAGACUGUGCAGGUUUCGUUUAAGUUUUCGAUAUUAAAUAUGCAAAAAGGCUGCAUUAAACGGCAGAACAGCAUUGUAAAGUACAAGUGCUAUGUGUGCGAGUGCAGCUAAGAUGAUGUAUUUAAAAUUGUUGGACUGAAAAGAUGCCAAAUCGUAUAAAAAACAUUUAAAUACGAAAACUAGUUCUUAUAACAUUUACCACUUACAAACGCACACAAACAUAUAUACACCACACGCACAUAUACACGCACCCAUUGAGCACAGGCUAUUACAAAAAUGGAAGGUAUGGAUUUAUGGACGCGUAUGUUCUCUGCUGAUGAUGAGGAGGGCGGCGAAGGUGACGCAGGCGUCAGAGAGUUAGAGCAGAAUGACAACAAUACGAUGGGUGAAGAUGUUGAUGAAUACGAUGACGAUGACGAUGACGAGGAGGAGGAGUCCAAAGGACCAGAACCUGAUGAUGAUGCCAUUUUUAAUUUUGAAUUGUCACCAAUUGUAAAUAGUGUGCUAGCGCCAGCCAUACCAAGUGCGCCAAGUGUACGGCCUAUACAGCGUCAGUCGCUACAAGCAAGCUUUGGUUCAGCGCAGGAGCGCAUAAACACAGGCACUACUUCCAUUCGCCCGAAGACUUCACAAAUCAAUGCCACCGAUGAAAAUGGCGUGCUUAUUAAUUACGAGCUCGGCGUUAUAUACAUAUGUCCAGCAUGUGGUACCGAGUUUCGGCAACAAGAUAUGUGGAAGCGUCACAUGAACAAUAUUCACCAGUUCAAUACGCGCCGUGGUCUGAAUUUUGUUGCUAUUGACAAGUUGUACCAACGCUGCCUAGAGUGCAACAAGCGCAUUGCAAUGCAUAGUCGGGAAAAUCUGCUAAAGCACAAAUUUACGCAUCUGCCAUAUAGAUGCACCAAGUGCUACAUAUGCAAGCGAGAGUACAAAUAUCGUCAGGACCUAAUGGUACAUCUGCGUAUGGUGCAUUAUGAAGAGGUUGUGAUUCUGAUGCGAGAAGGUGACAAUGGCGCUGCUGGUCGCAAAACACGUGUACGUGAGCCACGCACAGAGCUACGUUAUCCGGAUGAUGACGAGGGCAUAGAAGUGCGUAAUGAGCUGCUAGAGCCGGAUGCCAUAGAGUCUGCCAAUGAUGAAUUCCAACAUAGCAGUUCCACAGCAACCCAGCGGCAACGCAGUGGUGCUGGUAAUGCUGCUGACUUUUGCGAGGAUUAUAUACACUACAUGUGCCCGGAUUGUGGAACAGAUUGCGAAACUCACGCACAGUGGAGCCAGCACAUUGAAUUUGUUCAUGAUUAUGUCAGCAGACGUGGACUAAACUUCCGUUCUGUAGACAUGCAGAUGCAGUGUCUCGAGUGCAAGCAGUUUGUGUCGCCCAAUACGAUGAAGACACUGCGUGUGCAUAAAUUUAGUCACUUGUCGCAGCCCGAAUGGAUGCGUUGCAAACUAUGCUACAAAGGCUAUACGGAACAUCAGGAGCUGGUGAGCCAUCUUCUGAAGCAACAUCAUUUGGAGACCUUGAUGCCGCCCGAAAACGGCGCGCCUGUCGACGGUACAGCUGAUGGCGAUGAUGCGAUGCAAAUUGACGCCGGCAACGAUUGCACAGAUGAAUUGCAGAUGGAAGAUGCGCCCAAACGUGGUGCUCGUAUUGCCUUCGAUGAUAUGUAUGAGCCGCAUAUAGACUAUCUCUGCCCGCAAUGCGGCAGAGAGUUUAUAGAGAAGAAACAAUGGCGCAAUCAUGUGGAAAAGGUGCAUGGAAUGAACGAUUUGUCGCAGCUUAACUUUAAGGUGAUAAACGAUCGUCAGCUAAAGUGCACCGAAUGCGAUAAGAUUAUAACAAAUGCCUAUGGUAUACAGAAUGCACAACAGCAUCGCAUAACGCAUUUGCCCUACAAAUCGUAUAUACGCUGUCGCAAAUGCCACAAAUCCUACACGGAUCGCAAAGGACUGGUCAAACAUUUGGCCACUAAUCAUCGCAUAGGCUAUGAUCCCCGCCGAGGGGUAAUAGCAAAGUCGUUGCCACGUAAACAAAUCGUCACUGUUGCCAAUGAAACGUAUGAGAUUAUUUAUUUGGAUGAGGAUGACCAAGCGACUGAAGAGAAUGACUUUGCUGAGCAAAUGCAAGCAGAUCCUGAUGAUGACUUUUUUUUGACUCUAAGUAGCAUAAGCAAUCGAUACAAGUGCGUUGACUGCGGAACGCUUUUUGCAACGAGCGCAGCUCUCAAAACGCACAUAAGCGAAGAGCAUGACUUCUCGGAUACACAAUAUAGUGCCAAAAAUGCCGAGCCAGUAGAAGAUGCUGAAGCUGCAAUUCCUACGUCAACAGCAACAACAACAAUUAGCAUGCUCCAUUCAGCUGGCAACUCAACUAUCGAACAGAAUUAUAUUUUUUUGUGUCCAUCAUGCGGGGAGACAUACAAAUCGCAGUUUGAGUGGCGUCGUCAUAUUAACGAAGCGCACAACUUUGAUAAACGUCAGUAUUUGAAAAUGCGCCAGGUAGACAAGUAUCGUUAUCAGUGCACCUUGUGCAAGGAUAUCGUGUGUAAUUCAAAGUUAAAGGGACUCCAGGAUCAUCAUUUUAGACAUUUGGCCUAUCGCUUGUACCUCAAGUGCUUGAUUUGUGGCACCUGCUAUAACCACAAGCCAAACAUAGCUGCACAUUUGCGCACGCGUCACAAUAUUUUCGAACGCGAGUCCAAGUAUCAUGCAGCUCAAGAGAGGGAAGGAGAUAGAGAGCGGGGGGAUACAGAUAGAGAGCGUGGCAUGUCCUCAGCUUCAUCUUCACCCACGCCAGGCACUAGCCAGGGACGUGCGCUAAAAACUCAACCAGGCUUGCUGCCCACACGACCUGUUGGCCUCAAUACGCUUGAGGAUAGCAUCUCCUACCACAAUGCUGUCGAUUUAGAUUUCAUUACCUACUAUUGCCCCAAGUGCAAUCAGAACUUUGAUUCACACGCCUUUUGGCGCAAGCACAUUGUCGAGCAGCAUAACUUUAACAGUCGUCAGGGCUUGAAUUUUCGGCAGCUUGACAACCAUCAUUACUUAUGCCUGGAGUGCUACAAGCGUGUAACGGUGACGCAUACCAAGGGCGCCAUUGGGCAGCUACAAUCACACAAGUUCCGGCAUUUGCCAUAUCGCUCCUUCAAGUGCUUAACAUGCAAUGGCGAAUUUGUGCGCAAACAAAUGUUCUUCAAGCAUUUAAAUCGCAAUACCAAUCGCUGUGACAAUCGCCCGCAGAGUGAUAACGAAGACGAGCAGUCCGGAGGAUCACAGCAGCCAGCAGAAGCAGUCAGCGCUGAAGCUCACAUAGAUAUAGACCCAAAGUUAAACUUUGAUUCUACUACUGCACCUGUGCCAUAUCGCUUAAUUUGUCCGCAAUGUGGUGAUAGCUUUAGUACCAGCAGCAAAUCGCAGUGGCGCGAACAUAUUAACAUUUACCAUGGCAUGGGCAAACGUGAGACACUGCAUAUGCGCAAAGUGGGUGGUGAUGAUCUCUAUCGCUGCAGCGAUUGUGAUCAACAGCUGCAGACAAAGCAGCUUCGCGUGCUGCAACAGCAUAGAUUUAUGCAUUUGCCCCAUUCUGAUUACAUACGCUGUCUGCUUUGCGUGCAAGGCACUAGCGAUACGUUGUCCGGCAUGCAUAAUUUCCGUGAGCUGCAACAACAUAUGCGGCAAGUACAUGUUCAGCACACCGAUGAUCAGCUGCCAAUGCAGCUGGUUGAGGAUGAUAGUUUGCCCUACAAUGAAACGGAGGAGUUGUUAGCGCCACAGACACAUCUACUGGACGAUGAUAUAGAGGACCAGUAUUUGUUGGGCUAAUUCUUAACUAGCUUAAAAUACAAUCUCCUUAAAUAAAAACUCAUGUAUUUAAGUACUUUUAAACUAAUUUAUGGCAUUUGUUGACACUCAUACUGUAAUUUCCUUUCAUUAAGUAUAAGCGAACUUAACUAAGUAUAAAAAGAAUAUAGGUACACACUAUUAUUAUUAUUU